UUAUGAACAGCAUGUUAAGUCCCUGGCUACUAAAGGUACUCGAGAUAAACACAGGCAGCAUGUGCGAUGCAGUGAGCGAGUAAAAUAACCCGGAUAUAUACACAAACUCAAAGAAGGGGCGGCGGAAAAAUAAUUUAAUCAAGAUGGCGGAUGAACAGCAGGAAUCGUCGCAGGGAGAGAUGGAGGGAGUGAACUGUCUCGCACAUGACGAGGCCAUUAUGGCACAGCAGGACCGCAUUCAGCAAGAGAUAGCCACCUCAAACCCUUUGGUGUCAGACAGACAAGAUCUCUCUGUGCUUCAGAGUGAAUAUGCUGCAGAGGACACCAUCUACCAACUCAAGAUAAAGGACCUUCACAAAAAGUAUUCUUAUAUUCGGAAGACACGACCGGAUGGGAAUUGCUUCUACAGAGCCUUUGGCUUCGCAUAUUUGGAAUCACUACUGGAAGACAGCAAAGAGCUGCAAGGGUUCAAAGCUGUGGCAGCUAAGAGCAAACUGGACCUUGUAAACCAGGGCUUCACUGAAUUCACCAUUGAGGACUUUCACAACACAUUUAUGGACUUGAUUGAGCUGUGUGAAAAGCAACAAUCACUUGGAGAUCUGCUGAGCUCCUUUAACGACCAGAGCGUGUCUGACUACAUAGUGGUUUACCUGAGGCUUCUGACCUCUGGAUACCUUCAGCGGGAGCAUGCAUUCUUUCAGCACUUCAUCGAGGGUGGUCGCUCUGUCAAAGAGUUUUGCCAGCAGGAGGUGGAGCCCAUGUCGAAGGAAAGUGACCACAUCCAUAUCAUUGCCUUAGCAAAGGCUCUGAAUGUUCCCGUAUUAGUGGAAUACAUGGACAGAGGAGAGGGUGGAACAGUGAACCAUCAUAUCUUCCCUGAAGGAAGUGUGCCACGCAUCUUCCUCCUGUACCGCCCUGGCCACUAUGACAUCCUGUACAUGUGAUACUUUAUAUAUUCUCUGUGGUUCCAGUGUGAAGAAACCAUCCCAAUACUACAGCCAAGUUAUGCUAUGAUUAAACAGUUCUCAGUUUUCCCCCUUUUUACACAUGUUUCUUUAGUACAGAAUGAAUUAAUAGCUCUUAGAAAAACUGAAACUGCAUCAAAUAACAGCAUUAGGGGUUUGUACAGUAGGUUUCUUUGUGGUUGUAAAUGUUAUAAAAUUGCUUUUAGUGUUCUCCUUUGUUACACUGCCUCUCAUAAGUUUUAUUAAAGUCAUUAAAACCUCUCUUGUCUGAAGUCAAU